AGAUCGAGGCUGCCUCCCCCUCUCAGCCGGCAGCACAUUCCGUCGCCUUGCCGCCGCCCGGCCCCACAGUUGUCUUUGCCGGAGCUGCAGUCGCGCUGGGGUUAGGGCGGGGGGGCGGGCGGGGAGAGGAGAAGGCCGCGGCGGAGGCAGGUGAGAGGAGGAAGGAAGCGGCGGCGCGGCGGGCACAGCAGCUCAGGCGGCGGCCCGGUUCCUGGGAGUGUCGGUGCGGCGCGGUGGUUGGGGCGGAUCCCGCGGGGCCCGGGCGGGGGAAGGAGUCACCGGCCCGGCCAUGGCGGACAACGAGAAACUGGACAACCAACGGCUCAAGAAUUUCAAGAACAAAGGCCGCGACUUGGAGACUAUGAGAAGACAACGAAAUGAAGUUGUAGUUGAAUUAAGGAAGAAUAAAAGAGAUGAACAUCUCUUAAAGAGAAGGAAUGUACCACAUGAAGAUAUCUGUGAAGACUCUGAUAUAGAUGGUGAUUAUAGAGUGCAAAAUACCUCUCUAGAAGCUAUUGUUCAAAAUGCUUCAAGUGAUAACCAAGGAAUUCAAUUAAGUGCAGUUCAAGCUGCUAGGAAGCUUUUGUCCAGUGAUCGAAAUCCACCAAUUGAUGACUUAAUAAAAUCUGGAAUAUUGCCCAUUUUAGUCCAUUGUCUUGAAAGAGAUGACAAUCCUUCUUUACAGUUUGAAGCUGCAUGGGCUUUGACAAACAUUGCAUCUGGAACUUCUGAACAAACUCAAGCAGUAGUUCAGUCCAAUGCUGUGCCACUUUUCCUGAGGCUUCUCCAUUCACCCCAUCAGAAUGUCUGUGAGCAAGCAGUGUGGGCAUUGGGAAAUAUCAUAGGUGAUGGGCCCCAGUGUAGAGAUUAUGUCAUAAGUCUUGGAGUUGUGAAACCUUUACUUUCCUUCAUAAGUCCAUCUAUUCCUAUAACAUUCUUAAGAAAUGUUACUUGGGUUAUGGUCAACUUAUGUCGCCACAAAGACCCACCACCACCAAUGGAAACCAUUCAGGAGAUUCUUCCAGCCCUUUGUGUUUUAAUUCAUCACACAGAUGUAAAUAUAUUGGUAGACACAGUCUGGGCCCUCUCUUACCUUACUGAUGCUGGCAAUGAACAAAUACAGAUGGUAAUAGACUCUGGAAUAGUUCCUCAUUUGGUUCCUCUGCUCAGCCACCAGGAAGUUAAAGUUCAGACUGCUGCACUUAGAGCUGUGGGCAACAUUGUUACUGGAACUGAUGAGCAAACACAAGUAGUUUUGAACUGUGAUGCUCUUUCACACUUCCCAGCACUCCUGACACAUCCCAAAGAGAAAAUUAAUAAAGAAGCAGUGUGGUUCCUCUCCAACAUCACUGCAGGAAAUCAGCAGCAGGUACAGGCAGUAAUUGAUGCCAAUCUUGUACCAAUGAUAAUACACCUUUUGGAUAAGGGGGAUUUUGGCACUCAAAAAGAAGCUGCUUGGGCCAUAAGUAACUUAACAAUUAGUGGAAGGAAAGAUCAAGUGGCUUACCUUAUACAACAAAAUGUUAUCCCACCUUUUUGCAACUUGCUGACUGUAAAAGAUGCACAAGUUGUGCAAGUAGUACUCGAUGGACUAAGUAAUAUAUUAAAAAUGGCUGAAGAUGAGGCAGAAACCAUAGGCAAUCUUAUAGAAGAAUGUGGAGGGCUGGAGAAAAUUGAACAACUUCAAAAUCAUGAAAAUGAAGACAUCUACAAAUUGGCCUAUGAGAUCAUUGAUCAGUUCUUCUCUUCAGAUGAUAUUGAUGAAGACCCUAGCCUUGUUCCAGAGGCAAUUCAAGGCGGAACAUUUGGUUUCAAUUCAUCUGCCAAUGUACCAACAGAAGGGUUCCAGUUUUAGAAAGAUGUUGUGGAAGUUAGGUACAAUGCAGCACUGAGAUAUAUAUAUAUAUAUAUGUAUAUAUAUAUAUAUACAUAUAUAUAAAAGGGUUUGAUCCAUCAAGCUUGGCUCAUGGGAUCUGCUGCUGCAUUAAAUCGGGAAAGAAAAUGUGAAGAUUUCAUUUGGAAUCACAGAAAAUGCCCAAAUGAGGUCAAGAUGGCGAGUGGGUGCGAGUGAGAAUGAGUGGCAAAAUGUAAUGAAAACUUUACAUGAAUGCUUAUUUAGGUUGUUCAAAGUAAAAAGGGCUACAGGUCACAGAUCGUCAGUGCCUGAGAAAGAACAUUGACUUACUCUAUAUCAAUUGAGGGGAAAGUGCAGUACUGUCAUCUUCAAGCCUUGUAAGCAUAAAAGAGAAUAGGCUGCCCAUAUAAGUCAAAGGAAAAUGAGCCCAGGCCUUGCUAUGAAGCAGUGUGUGAAUGGACAAUGUUGAAUGAAUGUCUGGCUCAGUGAUGGAGAGCCAGGUUCAUCUUUGAAAUCUAGGGCUCUUCACUCAUGAAGCAGACUCCUAGUCCUGGAGUGACUGUGUACGAGAGCGUGGUUGUGGUGCUGUAUGUGAACGCAUGCAAGCUUGAUUCACCUUCAGGGGGCUGAUAACAAACCUAGUAAAUCAUCAAAAUGAGAUCAUAAGUGUUAAUGUACACUGGACAUGAAAACAAAGACUGGUUUAGCAGCAGACAUUGGUUUACUCUGCAGCCUGUGUUUUCUAUUUCCCCCUUUCCGACCUCCUUCCCCCCACCCCACUCCUUUUUUUUUUCUUUUUUUCUUUUCUUUUCUUUCUUUUUUUUUUUUUAGUUUUUAUUUACUUUACCUAGUAUGCCUUUUUUUAGUUGCUUCUCGAGUCAGAAAACUUUUCAGGAAGGUUUCCCUGUGCAUUUGCACCAGAUGAAUGUUUGAUGCUAUGAAAAGCUUUCCAUAUCAUCAAAACUAAUUUGUGUAGACUUUUGCAUGAAAAAAAUCAUAAAUUUCCCUCAAAAUAGACUGUGUUGCAGUACACAAGUUGCCAUAAUAGUAUAAAACAGUAAAAUGUGCUUAAAAGGCCAUCCUUUUCAUUUUCAGAGAUAACAUAAAGAUCUUUGCAUGAGGUAAAUCUACAGCAUAGUUCAUUUUUAGAUUUUGUUGAGUCCUGUAAAGAAGAAGAAGAAAAAAGUUUCAGUUGUGGUAGAAUACCGUGCUGUGUUUAAAUGUUACUUGUUUUCAAACUUUGUUUUCUAUGAAAAUGAUAUGGAAACUUCUAAAAUGGAAUUUGGUGCAUAUGUACUGCUGAAUAAAGACCGAUGAAGAGGUUUGAGUAGAUGUACAAAUCAAGUAAUGGUUUGAACACCUUUAAUAAUAUGCCUAAUCUGUUCAAUUGUUUUAGAAUCUUUUUAUCUUAGAUGUAGGCAGCCAUGAACAAUCUAUUUUGAGCCACUUUAGGGAGAAAACUUUGUAUUUUUAAAACUUGCAUAAAAGUUAUGCAAGUGGUUUUUAUAAAUUGGAAUAAUACCUCAGUUUUGAGGUUAUGCACACUAAAUUAAAUGUGACAUAAAUUAAUUUGUACAAAAAGAACUCUUUAUAAGGUGGCUCAUUGUAGGAAAUCCUGUGCCUUCCCCUUUGAGCACAAGUGUUGCAUGAACAACAGUUUGCUAUAAGAAACAUACCAGAUUAGCCACCAUUAGCAUCUAUAUCUACUUUGUGUUUAAAAAUCAACUGGUAAUUCUGAAACACUGUAGAAUGGAUAAAAAUUAUUUUGUGAUCAUAACUCUUUGUUGAACUAGAGUAUUUUUGCAGCAUUCCUUGUCAUCAGAAACAUGGUUAAAGUUUAAAACUAGAAGCAGCAGAAAACUAGCUUGUAAAAUUUAUCCAAGUAGAGUGCAGGCUAGGCUGUCUUGGGGAAAUAAACAUUAAAACUUAAAGCAAUGUUUUA